UCGUUCAAGAGAAAUUGAAACUACGUAUGUACAUCACUGCAGUUUUUUUGCCUUGGAGUCAGACAGAUAAUGAAUGGCACAAUGAGGAUCAUAUGAGCACCUUGAUGAAGAUAAUAAAUAGGUCAAGUGUGUGUGUGUGCAAGAGAGAGAGACAAAGAGACUAUAGUGUGCCUUCAGAUAAUGACCUCAGUAGCUUAUUCUAUUGAUGUAUUUAAUGUAUCCAUCCUACUGUUUGUGAUAAAAUUACUAGAAGAAUAUUUGUAGAUGUGUAGUAGAUAUUUAAUAGCGCCUUUAGCUGAUUGUUGACCUUGCCAGUAGAAUGAGAGAUAUGAGGAAGCCAAAGCUUGAUUCUCUGCAGGAUGUUGUGUGUUAUGCCUUUUGAAAGAUUUUGAAAUUGAAUUCACCUAAAGGAGUUCAUGUCUUAAGAGACCUGCAGGGAGGAUGCCAGAUAUAACUGUGUCAGAUAGCACUGGUGGGGAAGAAGAGGGAGGUCGCAUGUCCUCAGUGCGGCGUACUUUCUGCCUUUUUGUGACCUUUGACCUGGGCCUCAUGUUUAUACUGUGGGUCAUAUACACUCAACUUAUAGGUGAGACAGGAUGGAGAGCAUUUAUGCAUCAGGUGCAGGGCUACAACUUUACGACUUCACUUUUUGAUACUGUGAUGAUGUCUGCAGUGAGAUUUACUCUGCUGUUACUAGUCUAUGGGCUGUUUAAAGCCAAACACUGGUGGAUGAUUGCAAUAACUACAACACUCUCCUCAGUUUUCCUUAUAUGCAAAAUAUUCCUUUUUGAUUUUCAGGGCACAAACAGCAGUAUCAAUCCUCUGAGCUAUUGUCUCCUCAUCAUUUCUUUUGUUCUCGCAUGGGUCGAGACCUGGUUCCUUGAUUUCAAAGUUCUACCACAGGAGAGGAAAGCUGCCCAGCGUCUGUCAGCAGACGUGUACAAUUAUGGGAGUGUGGCCCAUUCAGCUAGUGAUCGACAGCGACUGUUAGCACCUGAUGAUGCGGUGUCCACUGUGACAAAUGAGCAGUACUACUCACCUGUAGCCACACCUGAAGGAUCAGAUAUAGAAGAGGAAGGAGAGGCGACAGACACUGCCAGAGCUUCCUCAAAACAGCAAUUGGAGGAGUACAGCUCUGUAGCUAAGGAGUGCUGGGAUGCUCUUUGGGAGUAUCUAGUGAUGGAUGAAUCCAGGUGGAAGCUGGAAACGGGAGACUCGCUGAAGGAAGGAAUUAUACACAGUCAAAAAGUGAAGGGGCGUGGCAAGGUUUAUAGGCUGCAGGGUGAAGUUGACAUGGAUGCCAAGAGUUUAUGGGAGGAGAUGGUACACAAUAUCAAUAAAGCCCCUACCUGGAAUCCAACGUUACUAGAGUGCAAGACCGUGGCUGUCCUUGAUGAAUGCACCGACAUUUCUCUUAACGUUGCCAAUCAGGCUGUUGGAGGUAUUGUGUCUAGCCGAGACUUUGUUAAUUUGCGACACUGGGGAGUAAGGGAAGGCAUCUACCUGUCUGCUGGCCAAGGUGUCACUCACCCUGAUUGUCCACCAACCAAAGAACACAUCAGGGGCUACAAUGGUCCUGGUGGAUGGGCUUUUAAACCUGUUCCUGGUGAGCCUGAGAAAAGUAUCUUUAUCUGGAUCAUGGACACAGACCUCAAGGGAUGGAUUCCACAGCGCCUUUUAGACCAAGCUUCAGCUUCAGUCCUACAGCAGUACCUAAAAUACCUACAGGAUUAUGUUGCAGCAUUUCACCAUCGUGGUUGAUAACAUAACUGUCUGCUUGAAAACUGCACUUAAUUUCAAGCAAGGACUAGAGUGUGAGCACAAACUGACAUUUGCCAGUCCUCUGUGAUAUAAGGUGUUCAGGGACAUUGUUUCACGCCCUUUUUACCAGUAGCAUUUGUUGAACCUUCUGCCAUUUCAGGAAAAGCUGAGGCUGAUUACACCAGGCUACAGAUUAUGUUGUUCUGGUGAUGUGGAAGAAAAACCAAUAUUCCUUCUUCAGAUUCUUCUUGCUCUCAGCUAAAGAUUAUGAGUUCAUUGUUGAUGUGGUAACUAUCUUUUACACAACUACAAACUUUUGAGUGCAAAUGGAUGUUCACCACAAACAAACAGUGUUCAGUAACUGAAAAAAGAGUCAAGGAUAACUGCAUGUUCUUGAAGAAAAGGUAGGGGUGGAGGUUAGGAAAAGAAAACUCUUGAAAUUGUGGAAUAGUUUUUGUGUAUUUUUCAUCAGUUACUGAGGUAGUGUUAUGCUCGUCAGUUCACUAAAUUCUUACAAACUUUAUUGUAUUUUUGCAUUUGUGAUCAUUGUGAGAAUGAACAGUUUAAUUUCAUGUUUUUCUUGUGGGAUGAAGGAUGGUUUGGGUUUGGGAUGGAGUUUAUGUUUUUAUAGUGUAUGAAUUAAGGGUUGAGUAAAAUGGGAGAGGAUGAUAUUGGAAAUUUUGAGGUAAAUACAUGCUAGUGUUUAUACAAAUCAGAGGUGUUAUUACGGUGUUUCUGUACAUGGCCGGGUUUAUAAUCAAGACAUUAUGUGGUUGCAUAUAUUAAGAGAAAAAGUGUAUGCAUUCCCUGGGAGGGAGAGGAGGGGCCUUAAGAAAAUGACAUGUUGGAGGUUGGUGUCAAAGAACUUCAUAUACAAUUUGACAAUGGCAGAAUAAAUAUAGUUUGCUUCUGAUCUUAAAAUGCUUGUGUGUGAGAAUCCUUGGAGUGGUAGGCAUCUACAAAUAUGCAUUUUAGGAAUGACAUGCCAGGCUUACAAGUAAAGGUUUUGAGGAGUAUGAAUGUGAUGGGAAAUGGGUGUGGGACAAUACUAAGCCAUCCUGAACAUUUGAACAGGUCAUUGCAAAAAGUUUGUAUGCGAGGCUGUUGCAUGUGCUAUGAAAUGUCAGUGAGGCAAUUGUAUGUAGAGUGAGAAGGCAGCAUAAGGGACCACUACUCUUGGGAUGGUGAAAAGUAUGACAGUGUAUGUAAUUUGAAAAUGUAGUCUGACAUAUUCUAAGAUCAUGUGUUGAUUUGUUAUUUAUUGUGUGAAGAGCUUCUAGGCCAUGACAGUAUAGAGUUCAUCUAAGUCAGGUGAUUUUUUUUGUUGUUAUCUCUUUAUAAAUUUUCACAACUAAACUUGUGUGAAGAUGCUCACAGGUCUGAUUUCUGCAUAACAAUAUGUGCAUUUUACAUUCCUUUGUGACACUACUUGCCUUCAUUACCUUCAUAAUGCUUUUAUUACAGCAGCUAUUUUAAGUGAGGCAGUCUAGCCUGAUCAGGUGUGUUAUAGUCAUGCAUCAGUAGCCAUAUGUCUUUUGCCAGCCUAUAGUGUAAGUGGAUGCUCAUUUACUAGCAUUAUAAUCAUUAUUUUUUCUGUGAUAUGCACUGUAAUGAUUUUUCUUCAGUAUAAGAUAUAAUUGUGUGCCCGCUACUGUCUUAUUAAACAGUACUAAUCAAGGAAGCAGGGGAGUGAUAGCAUGAGUCUGUACUUUCCUGUGUUGUCAAACAACAGGCUUGUCGCAAGCACUAAAAGAAUUUUAGCUGACAAAGAUUAUGUUGUGAUAGGAAAAGGGUGAUUUUAGGACAUUUUCACAUUUAUAUCUCUCUUCAUGGUCUUAGUUCACAGUUUUGUUCACAUUUUUACCAUUUAGGAAGGUCUGUGUGCAUCUGAAAGGAAAGAGAGUUUCAGUUUAUUGACUUUGACUGCAUGAGAGUGAGAAAGAGUCACCUUCUAUGUAAAAUAUUGUCAAAACAUAAUAUUUAGAUUUGUCAGAGAAGUAUGUUGUUAUGUUCUACCGGUGAGCCGUCUCAAAGGAAUAUACAGUGUAGGGCCAUUAAGCCUUGGUAAUUGGGGUCCAAACUGCUCAAAUAUUUUUUUGAUAAUGCGUAAAUUACAAUGAAUAAUGAAAAAAUAAAUGUUAUAAGGUAGCAUUUAAAUAUUUCAUCUGCAAUAGCACAUAGCAUGGCCAUGUCCUGGUCCCUAUGAUCCAUAGUGUCACAAUAUUGGGAUCCAAGCAUUUUGUGUGACUUAAACGAAUUUGCAGAUUACUGGACUGCAGCUUGAUGGCUCAAUACUAUAUCACACAGCGACCAUGCAUUUUUUGGUAGAUGUUUGUGUUGACAGGGCUUCUAAUUUUCAAAGCAAGCUAUUUGUGAGAGUUACCAUGAGAUCAAACCAGGUUUUAUCUUUUUUUUAAAGUUGAAAUAAUUGAAUGAAUGAAGCAUAUUUGUUAACGAAAUGUUAAUGACUUGAUUGAGAGGGUGGGAGGGGAACUGUUGUAGCAAGGGAUGUAAAUCCUAACAGCUGCUCUGUGAUGGAAUUCUGCACAGUUAUAUCCCUCCACUAGAGCUAAUCUUUACUCGGCACAUUCUUGGAGUGGGCAAGACACUGGUUGAAGGGACAAGGCUGUUUUAUACUGCUUUAAUGUUGUGAAGUCAGACAUUGGGUUAUAGAUAUUUGAUGGUGUGAUGAAUUUUAAUGAGUAUUUGCAAAUGACUUAUCUUGCAAACCAUUUUCUCUUUUUUAUAAGCAUGCCUUAUGCUCUUGCAUAACACAAAACUGGUAACGGUUUUUGGUGCUUAUCUGGGCAUAUUUGUGGUUUAAAUAUUUCAAUAAGCCCAAUACCAUGAAGGGCUAAUCCAUUGCUUGCCCAUCAAUUUUUGUAAUUAUGCCUCUUGUUAGCAGUUUUAUCGCAGCGUAUCAGGUUUUUUGCAGUGUAAUUUAUUAUGUGAUUAUUGUAUUAACUGACUCUAGUUGUUUUCAUUUAUUGCUGGACACAGUAAUACGAUUGUAUUGUAUUGCUGUGUCCAGUAAUUGUAUUCAUCAGUCCUUUUGCACUAGUCAUAAACAUUAAAAAAUUUGGAGCAGACGAACAAGUAGCCAUUGAACUUACAAGACCAAAGGCACAGAUUAUUUCCAAAAUCCAUGAGUUACUUGACAUAUUUAUUUAAAUAUUCAUUGAAACAUUUAUAUUGCAUUUUGUUAGCUGAAUGAUGGCAGAAUCACUGACAUCUCAUAUUUUUAUAACAUAGAGAAUGACUUAAUCACUAACAUCAAACAUUUAAUAAGGAGAAUGGCUGAAUCACUGAUGGGUGAAGAGAGAAGUGCUUAUUCUGUUAGCAGCAUUUUGCAAGAGGGUAAUUAUGAGAGUGCUACUGUCAGAAUAAGAACAUAUUGUUGAGUUAUUACAUUAUUACAAAUUGAAUGUAUGGCUGGCUAGUUUUUGAAAGCAAAUUUUAACUUAUAAACCAAAGGACAUUUAUGUGUAUGUGUGCAUGAUUACAUAUUUAUGCAGAGACUUGCAUGAAUUGAUACAUUGAUUUUUAGGUGCAUUUAAUAUGAAGGAUUGAAACGCAAUCCUGAAACAGAGCUCCUUGAUCUUUUUCAUAAUUUGCACAAUGCAAUUCAUGUACUUCAGAAUAAUAAAUGUGUUGACGUAUU